UUCCAAAUAUCAGUUAGCCGCCCUUAAAUACAAAAGAAGAAGGGGGAGAACUAUUCUUCAAGAUGGCGACUCCCUAUGUCACAGAUGAAUCGGGCAAAUACAUUGCUUCUACUCAGAGGCCCGAUGGGACCUGGCGAAAGCCACGACGAGUGAAGGACGGUUAUGUUCCUCAGGAAGAAGUCCCAGUGUAUGAAAACAAGUUCGUGAAGUUCUUUAAGAGUAAGCCAGACCUUCCUCCUGGCAUGAGUCCAGAUGAUGCAGCUCAAGCCAAGCAACAGCAGCAACAGGUUGCCAAAGGACAAGGGGACCAGGAUUCAGAGGCCGGCGGUAUGUCCAAGGCAGCCAAACGCAACAUGAAGCGCAGGGAAAAGCGCAAGCAGCAACAGCAGCAGGAGCAACCGGAGGAAGGAGACGAGGUGGAGGAAGUCACUGAGGCCACCGAAAAGCUCCAGAUUGCCACAGAGACCAGCAGUGCUGAAACUGUAGCCACAGAGAAGGGCAAAAAAGUCAAGAACCUAAAGAAGAAGCUGCGGCAGAUUGAAGAGCUUCAACAGAAAGUCGAUUCAGGUGAGAUCAAGAACCUCAGCCAGGAGCAGAAAGAGAAGUUGGGUCGGGCGGAAGCGUUGCGCAAGGAGCUCCAACAGCUGGAGGACUCCUAAGCCUUCGGAGGGGUGCAGUGGGGGUGGGUUUGUGAGCUGAGGAAAACACUGGUGGGACUGGACCGAUAGUGGAGUAUGGACCUCUGAUCACGUUCUUUAACUCGACACCUGUGUACACACAACAAGCUCCUCAACACCCCUCCCUUCCACUGGUGGUGGAGUUCUGCCCAACGGCCUGAACAUUUGCUCAAGGAUAUGAGCUGAGCAGAACCUGUCCACUUACUGACUGACUUUUCAUGCAGUAUGACACCCCACCCCGUCCCAUAGCUACUGAACAUUUCCGUUUCUUCUUUUUAAAUGGCUGUAGAAAUGUUUACCACUUUAGACCUUUUCACAAUGUAGAAAAAAGUGGCUGUGCUAUGGACUGGACAAUGGCAGGUAAUACAUUUUCUCCCCCAAACAAUCUUAUUCCAUAUUGUGCUUUUUUUUUAACCUUGGUAGAUAUGAUGCCACAUACGCUGUAGAUGAGGUUUCGUACAUUUAUAUACUCUGAUGUGUAGAGAAGAAAAUAUACAUCAAAAUGGAUCUACGACACGCUCCUUUCUUUGAAAGAGGCCACAGACAUGCCCCCCCCAUGUCAUUAUCCAUCAGCUGUUGUAAUAUCUGUAUUGUUUGAUACAUAAGUGAAUGAGUUAAAAGCAUCGCAAUAGAAUUUUAGACGUUUAAUGAUGAACAUUAUUAGUCAACAGGUCCUAGUUUUGUGAUGUCUGAAUGACCUUAUCUUUGAAACUCUGUUCAUAAGGCACUUGUAAUGUGUGGGAAGUCCAGUACUUAACUGCCAUCAGUGAUGACCAGAAAUGUUAACAAUUUGAAAAUAAAUGAAACUACUUAA